UCCAGGAAAUCCAUCCAUACACGUGUAGCAUAUGACAACCUUGAAGAGAAUUCAAAACAGCUAACUAGCUUGUGUCUCACAGGAACCCGACUCUGCGAUGCCAGUAACAAGACUACUAUAUCCUCUCUACCAGCUGGGCAACCCUCAGCUGAGGAUCUUCAGACCCAAGUGGUUCCUGACAAUGGUGAGGCCGGGGACGGAGCUGCCUCCUGACACUGCCCAGUUUCGCGUUCCAAUGGAAAUGACCAAGUAUGACAUAAAGAACUACCUGGAGAACAUCUACAACGUCCCCGUGGGAGCAGUCCGCACGAGGAUACAGUAUGGCUCCAACAAGAAGAGGAAUCACCUAAACCAGAAGGUUAAGAAGCCUGACUACAAAGUAGCCUAUGUUCAGCUGGCCCAAGGCCAGGUGUUCACCUUCCCUGAUAUCUUCCCGGAAAAGGAGUCGAAGCCAGAGGAGGGUUCCGUGGAAGAAAUGCAGAACAACUUCAUGGAGGAUGAGAAGCAGAGGCAGAAACCCGACCCCAGGAGAGGAGGGGUCACCGAGUGGUUCGGACUUUGAGACGGCCUUUUGACCGAAAACUCUAUGCGUGUAUGUGCGCGGGGGUGUUUUGUCAUCAUGAGCAACAUGUAUUGGUUUACAAUGCCAUAUUGUGAUGUCACUUCUAUUUCUGUAAGAAACGCAAGUAUGUAGUAAAGAAUGAGCUUCUGCGUGGGAGGCCAGCGACGUGUGUGUGUACGGUCGUACGUGUGUGUGUGUGUGUGUGUGUGUGUGUGUGUGCGUGCGUGUGCGCAUGUAUUUGUGUGUGUGUGUGUGUGUGUGAGAGAGAGAGAAAGAGAGUUUGCAAGGCUCCAGUCCAGUAACCGGAGCCAGAACAGAAUCACAGGAGGAGGAGAGUGGCCCUGCUCCAUCUUUCAUGAAAACAGCCCACCGUACAGACUCUGCAUCACCUCAGAUGACCUCUUCUUUUCCUUCCCCUUAUUCUUCCACCUCCUUGUUUUGCGUCUCACCUUUAGUACCUGUACUUUAGCAUCUCCCGCUUCUCCCCUCAGAAUUUAGCUUUCUCCUCUCCUCUGUUCCCGCUCUUGUCCUUCCGUCUGCUUGUCCCUGUCCUGGUCCUCUUCCUCACUGCCACACUGGGGAGCCCUACAGUGUCACGUCCCUACAAGCCCUGAAUCUUGGCCAGUUGGAUCGGCCUACAUGGGCAACCCACAUCCUUACCCCUUUUAUGAGUUUGCCUCAAAUUAAUUGACCACUUUAAGUAAACAACAAUUGAGAUGUUGUUUCAGCAAGCAGUGACAUGGAAUUUGCUCGAGUGUUUUAUUAUAUUGUGGCAGCAAAAGAGUGUUCAGUGUUGGUGUGCGUGCGUGUGUGUUUGACUAGGAUGCGGAGCUCUGCCAGUGAAUCGGUCGAACUGUAAGUGCUGUUGGAAUAAGAACUAAUAAACGGUCACUUGUCCAAAAGC